UGUCUUCAAACAACUGGGCUCAGUACCUGGCAAGUCCUUCUCCUGGUAGCUGCACCCCAGCUCCCUGGGUGGGAAUCAUGGAUCUGGGACUCCUGAGACUCAUGGAUUUGCCCCAGGGCAAGAACAAGGCCCUUCGGGGAAACCGAAGAAGUAGUUUUGUGCCUGCCACCCGACGCCAGCGAGAGUUCAUGCCAGAAGAGAAGAAAGACACCACAUACUGGGAGAAGAGGCGUAAGAACAAUGAGGCGGCCAAGAGAUCCCGGGAGAAGCGGCGCUUGAAUGACGUGGCAGUGGAAGGCCGGCUGGCUGCUCUCAAGGAGGAGAAUGCCUCACUCCGGGCUGAGCUGCUGGCUCUCAAGUUUCACUUUGGUCUGCUGGGCCCUGGCACCCCCCAGGCCCUCCAAGCCUUGCUGUGGAGUUGCCCAUGGCCAGCAUCCCGAGGCCCUGAGGGAAAACUAGCCCUACCAGAUAGAGGCCCCCUCAGGCCAUGCAGCCCAGACCCCAAGGAGCUGGUCCUGAGGGAUUAUGGUAGCUCCCACGAGGUGGUGGGCCUGGGCUCCCCAGGGCUCUCUCAUGAGCUAUCAGUGCCAGACCCCAAAAGGCCAGACUCAGCUGUCUGCUCCCCAGCUUUCUUCAGCUACCACCUACCAGAUGGCCAUACCACCCAUCUGCCUCUGCUGGAACCUAGCCCUAGGUGGGGGCCAUCAGUGCCAACUGGGCAGGGAAAGAGCUCUGGGCACUGGGUCUUGGGCAGCAACGAUGGACUCUUGGUGGCAAAGUCUGGUUCUGCGGCACCCUCCUCCGGAACACCCUGCCCCCAUCCUGGGGGCAGAGCCAAGACUACAGCUCAAUCCUCUCUGCCCCAUAAACUUCGGAUCAAGUCCAAGGCCCUGGCAGACUGGGAGGACAGUCCUUCCAAUUCCUUCUGAGAUUCCUUGCCACCAUAAGGGACAGAGGAGCAGGAUAAGGGAGCUGAGAGCAAUGGGCAUGGCAGAUAGGGAGGAGAAAAAGAGAUGAGGAGGCAGAAAUCUACAUGACUCCUAUGGGUGUGCCAGGUUGCCAGAGCAAAAGGAGACCCAUCAUAUUCCGUCUUUCCCCCACGAUGCUUCCCUGGGGCACAACAAUUCAGCUCCUGCCCCAAUACCGAGGCAAUUAGUCUCUUUUCAUUGAGAUCUUCCUAGUAGAUGGGCCCCGAGUCCCAACACUGUCCUUGUAACCAUUACCCCUCCAAAGGUGCUCUGUCUCAUUAGGGUUGGCAUCUCCAGGGAGAAUCCAAAGUCUUAGGAGAAAAGCAUAGUAGAGAAGAAAGAGCACUCAUCUGGGAGUUAGCAGAGCCCCAGGUUUAAGUCCCAGCCCCAUGUCACAUGACCACUUACCUCUCUAAACCUUCAUUGCCUUCAUCUGUAAAAAUGGGGAUAAUAAUACCUGUAAUAUCUUCCCCCACAGGACUGUGGUAAAAUCAUUUGGGACAAUAAGCACCAAGCAUUUU